AUGACCAGCCAACGCAAGCCCAUCGUCAGCUUCCUUGGCCCAGUCGCCUCCUACUCUCAUCAGGCUGUUCGCCAGGCCUUUUCCGAGUCCACCUGGGAACUCCAGCCAGCAGUCACCAUUGACGACGUCUUUGAUCAGGUCCAGGGUGGCAAGGUCCAGGCCGGCGUUGUGCCCUUUGAGAACUCUACCAAUGGAUCCGUAGUCUUCACUCUGGAUAAUCUGGCCGAUAGGGCCAACCGCUACCCGGACAUCACCGUCGACGGCGAGACAUAUGUCGACGUUCACCACUGCCUCGUGGGGCACAAAAAUCCUGCUCCGGCUCUUGAGGACACUGCCGAGGGAUCAGGCACUUGCACGCCCACGGCCACGGAUCCAUCACCCUCGAAGCCGCGGUCCAGGCCUCUGAGCAACCUGAGGCACAUUCAGCGGCUGUACUCACACCCACAGGCCUUUGGUCAGUGUACGGCCUUCAUCUCCACCUACCUCAAGGGUGUUGAAAUUUUCGAGGUUAGCUCGACCAGCAAGGCGGCCGAGAUUGUGAGCAAGGACACGACGGGGACCUGGGCGGCCAUCUCGAGCCAGCUGGCUGCUGAACUUCACGGGCUCGACUUUUUGGGCAAGUCAAUUGAGGAUCGCGAGGACAACACUACUCGAUUCUUGGUCCUUGGCACCAACGCCGCUGGGCCCAGGGACGUGGAAUCGACCAAGCACGCCAUCGCUCAGAAGGGAAGCAAGUCACUCGUCUCCUUCACAGUGCCUCACACGUCGCCAGGGGCUCUGGCGGAUGUACUGAGCUGCUUCCGCGCCUUCAACCUCAACCUGACCAGCAUCAACAGCCGGCCCAGCCUAGUGCAGCCGUUCCAGUACAUCUUCUUUAUCGAGUUCGAGGGUCACAAGCACGACGAUCCGGAUGGGCGGGUCAAUGGUGCGCUGGAAAAGAUUAGUCGCGUGGCCGAGAGCUGGAGGUGGCUUGGGAGCUGGGAGAGAUACAGAUAA